UGCCUUAUGGUGUAGCUCUGCUGACCUGGAGAGAAAUCCGAACUCAGCUGGUCGAGCAGUUCAAAUGUCUGGAGCAGCAGUCGGAGUCGCGCCUGCAACUGCUGCAGGACCUGCAGGAGUUCUUCCGCAGGAAGGCUGAGAUCGAGCUGGAGUACUCCAGGAGCCUGGAGAAACUGGCUGAACGAUUCUCCUCCAAGAUACGCAGCUCCAGAGAGCACCAGUUCAAGAAAGAUCAGCACCUACUUUCCCCUGUGAACUGCUGGUACCUGGUUCUGACGCAGACCCGUCGAGAGAGCAGAGAUCACGCCACCCUUAAUGACAUCUUCAUGAAUAAUGUCAUCGUUCGGCUGUCACAGAUCAGUGAGGAUGUCAUCAGGCUCUUUAAAAAGAGUAAGGAGAUUGGCUUACAGAUGCAUGAAGAACUCCUGAAAGUCACCAAUGAGCUUUACACGGUGAUGAAGACCUACCACAUGUACCAUGCAGAAAGCAUCAGCGCUGAGAGCAAACUGAAGGAGGCGGAGAAGCAGGAGGAAAAGCAGUUCAACAAGUCGGGGGACAUCAGCGUGAACCUGCUGCGGCAUGAGGACAGGCCUCAGCGGCGGAGCUCCGUCAAGAAGAUUGAGAAGAUGAAGGAGAAGAGACAAGCCAAAUAUUCUGAAAACAAGCUGAAGUGUACUAAAGCCAGGAAUGACUACCUGCUGAACCUGGCAGCCACCAACGCAGCUGUCAGUAAAUACUACAUCCACGAUGUCUCUGACCUCAUUGAUUGCUGUGAUCUGGGAUUCCACGCCAGCCUCGCUCGGACAUUCAGGACGUACCUGUCUGCCGAGUACAACCUGGAAACCUCCCGCCAUGAGGGCCUGGACAUCAUUGAGAAUGCUGUGGACAACCUGGAUGCACGGAGCGACAAGCACACCAUCAUGGACAUGUGCAACCAGGUCUUCUGCCCUCCACUGAAGUUCGAGUUCCAGCCUCACAUGGGGGAUGAGGUGUGUCAGGUCAGCGCCCAGCAGCCUGUGCAGACCGAGUUGCUGAUGCGGUACCACCAGCUGCAGUCGCGACUAGCCACCCUCAAGAUAGAGAAUGAAGAGGUACGAAAAACUCUGGAUGCUACAAUGCAGACUUUGCAGGACAUGCUGACAGUGGAAGAUUUUGAUGUUUCAGAUGCCUUCCAGCAUAGUCGCUCCACUGAGUCGGUCAAAUCAGCUGCAUCAGAGACCUACAUGAGUAAAAUAAACAUCGCCAAGAGGAGAGCCAACCAGCAGGAAACUGAAAUGUUCUAUUUUACAAAAUUUAAAGAGUAUUUGAAUGGCAGUAACCUUAUCACGAAGCUCCAGGCUAAACACGAUUUGCUGAAGCAGACUCUUGGAGAAGGUGAAAGAGCUGAAUGCGGAACAACCAGGCCCCCAUGUCUUCCCCCUAAGCCACAGAAAAUGAGGAGACCUAGGCCUCUCUCAGUCUAUAAUCAUAAACUCUUUAACGGCAAUAUGGAAACGUUCAUUAAGGAUUCAGGACAGGCUAUUCCACUUGUAGUAGAAAGCUGCAUUCGUUACAUCAAUUUGUACGGCCUUCAGCAGCAGGGCAUUUUCAGAGUCCCUGGCUCCCAGGUGGAAGUCAACGACAUCAAGAAUUCGUUUGAGAGAGGUGAAGAUCCCCUUGCUGAUGAUCAAAAUGAACGUGACAUUAAUUCAGUGGCUGGAGUCUUGAAGCUGUAUUUCCGAGGACUGGAAAACCCCCUCUUUCCUAAGGAAAGGUUUCAAGAUUUGAUAUCUACUAUAAAAAUCGAGAACCCCACUGAGAGAGUGCACCAAAUCCAGCAAAUCAUCGUCACUCUGCCCCGGGCUGUCAUCGUUGUCAUGAGAUAUCUUUUUGCUUUCCUUAAUCACUUGUCACAGUACAGCGAUGAGAACAUGAUGGAUCCCUACAACUUGGCCAUCUGCUUUGGGCCUACUCUGAUGCACAUUCCAGAUGGGCAGGAUCCGGUGUCCUGCCAAGCCCAUGUCAAUGAGGUCAUCAAAACCAUCAUCAUUAAUCAUGAGGGCAUCUUCCCCAGCCACAGAGAGCUGGAAGGACCUGUCUACGAGAAGUGCAUGACUGGAGGGGAGGAGUACUGUGACAGCCCACACAGCGAGCCAGGCACCAUCGAUGAAGUUGACCAUGACAACGGCACGGAGCCACACACCAGUGAUGAUGAAGUGGAGCAGAUUGAAGCCAUAGCAAAGUUUGACUACAUUGGACGAUCUCCACGAGAGCUGUCCUUUAAGAAAGGAGCUUCGCUCCUCCUGUACCAUCGGGCAUCAGAAGACUGGUGGGAAGGGAGACAUAAUGGUGUGGAUGGCCUCAUACCCCACCAGUACAUUGUGGUGCAGGACAUGGAUGAUGCGUUCUCCGACAGCCUGAGUCAGAAGGCGGACAGUGAGGCAAGCAGCGGACCACUGCUGGAUGAUAAAGCCUCUUCCAAGAACGACAUCCAGUCUCCGACGGAUCAUAUUGUGGACUAUGGCUUUGGGGGAGUAAUGGGCCGAGUGAGAUUGAGGUCUGACGGUGCAGCUAUCCCUCGCCGUCGAAGUGGGGGGGACACCCACAGCCCACCCCGAGGGAUGGGUCCUGGCAUAGACACUCCUCCUCGAGCAGCGGCCUGCCCUAGCAGCCCCCACAAAAUACCUCUUAACAGGGGCAGGAUUGAGAGUCCUGAAAAGCGCAGAAUGGCGACAUUCGGCAGUGCAGGCAGCAUCAAUUUCCCAGACAGGAAGGCCUUGUCUGAUGGCCACCCGCUGAGAUCGACCUGUGGAUCGACUAGACACAGUAGUCUCGGAGAUCAGAAAUCUCUAGAAGCAGAAGCACUUGCUGAGGAUAUCGAGAAGACCAUGAGCACGGCGCUGAACGAACUGCGGGAGCUGGAGAGGCAGAACACGGCCAAGCAGGCCCCCGACGUGGUCCUGGACACGCUGGAGCCCAUGAAGAACCCCCCGAUGGGCGCUGCCAACUCGGAGCCCGCCAGCCCCCUCCACACCAUCCUGAUCCGGGACCCCGACGCUGCCAUGCGGCGCAGCAGCAGCUCCACCACAGAGAUGAUGACCACCUUCAAGCCGGCGCUGUCGGCCCGGCUGGCCGGGGCGCAGCUGCGGCCCCCGCCGAUGCGGCCGGUGCGGCCGGUGGUGCAGCACCGCUCCAGCAGCAGCAGCAGCUCAGGGGUGGGCAGCCCCGCCGUCACCCCCACCGAGAAGCUCUUCCCCAGCAGCUCGACGGAUAAAUCGGGCACCAUGUAGGCUGGAGCGCGGGGACUGCGGCGGGGAGAGCCAGCGCCUGGAUGGUGGGAGCAGGGCCGGCAGCUCGGCAAAGCCUCGCUCGGCCAAGCGGGAAGUCAAAACCGUGCUCAAGAGGAACCUCUCCAAAAGGGGAACAAGUGUGUAGCCUAGGCCUGAUGGUUGAUUGUACAUAAGUGUAUGUGUGUGUGUGUAUGUACAUAUGUGUGCACACACACGCCCGUCCAUGCAGUAACACUUCCCAAGCUUGCAGUCCUACGGCAGGAGGAGACGGCGGGUCUAUGUGUUGGCACUGGAGAAUACACGCUAUAUGUAGAAGUAUAUAUUAAAAAAAAUAAGUGUACAGAAUUCGGUGACUUUUUUAAAAAAGUAGAUUUACCUCAGAAACUGGCUCUGAAAUGUCCUCUCUAGAGAUGUUGGGUUGAUUUGGAUUUUUUUCCCAGGCUAUUUGUGUGUGUGCGUGGAGAUACAUAGCAGCUGUGCGUCGAGCAAUACAAGGCCAAUCCUGGAAUUUAUUUUCUGCACCUCGUGGCA